CAGUGAAGGGAAAUUAACGAUAAACGGAGCUUUACGACUGAUAAUAAAAAAUAUUUACAGUUGCCUUAAGGAUGCCCUGUGGACAGCCUCUGCUGUUGAUGACCGUCACCUGGAUGACUCUGGCCUUAGCCUCACCUGUGACCUCCCUCCCUGAGGCAGACAAAGGAAGGAGAAAGGUGGUUCACGUGCUGGAGGAUGAGACUGGGGCCGUCAUUGUGCAGACCGCCCCCGGGAAGGUGGUGACGCAUCGCGGGGGCUCCAUCACCCUGCCCUGCCGGUACCACCACGAACCGGAGAGCGCCGACCCGGCCCGCAUCCGCAUCAAGUGGACCAAGGUGUCGGACAGCCUGCAGUUCGAGGAUGUCUUCGUGGCGCUGGGCCGGCAGCAGAAGGUCUUCGGCGCGUACCGGGACCGCGUGGCGCUGGAGAACAUGGGCCCCGGCGACGCCUCUGUCGUCAUCCACAACAUCACGCUGCAGGACUACGGGCGCUACGAGUGCGAGGUCACCAACGACAUGGAGGACGACACCGGCUUCGUCAACCUCGACCUGGAAGGAGUGGUGUUCCCCUACCAUCCCCGCCUGGGCCGCUACAAGCUCAACUACCACGAGGCAGAUGAGGUGUGCAGGCAGCAGGACGCCAUCUUGGCUUCACACGGCCAGCUGCACAAGGCCUGGCUGGAGGGGCUGGACUGGUGCAACGCGGGCUGGUUGGAGGACGGAUCCGUGCAGUACCCCAUCGCCCAGCCCCGGGAGCACUGCGGCAGCAAGGACACCCCCGCCGGCGUGCGUAACUACGGCUACCGGCACAAAGAGGACGAACGCUAUGACGCCUUUUGCUUCACCUCCAAUCUUAACGGCAAAGUGUACUUCCUGAAACGCUUCAAGAAGGUGAACUACGCCGAGGCGGCCAAGGCCUGCCUGCGCGACGGCUCCACGAUAGCCAAGGUGGGCCAGCUGUACGCGGCGUGGAAGAUCCAGCUUCUGGAUCGCUGCGAGGCCGGCUGGCUGGAGGACGGCAGCGUGCGCUACCCCAUCGUCAACCCGCGGGGGCGCUGCGGCGGCUCGCACCCGGGCGUCCGCAACCUGGGCUUCCCCGACAAGAAGUUCCGCCUCUAUGGGGUCUACUGCUUCCGGAAAAAUCCAGAGAAGAGUGCCGUUGGGGGAGCCCAUGGAGCUGGGAGCAUCUGACGGAAAGCAGCGAGCAACUCCGACCAUGACACUCGCUCGUCCAGAGAUGACUGACGAGUCAAACGAGGUAGUGGGAACUGCCAGCAGGAGCCGCCUGUGAUUUUACAGGGAUGUCAGUCAUCUGUGGUACAAGUGAGCCGCAUUAAAGCCGAAACCA